ACACAUCAUCACGGUCAAAUGGAAGAACUUAUCUUCAAGAAAUAUUACGACGUAGUGUUGUUCUUCAGACAGAUAUUUGCUGAUUGUCAAAACGGCAAGGGCUAAGUGUUCAGUGCGCUUUCUUAAUUAACAAUUAUUGUGAGUAAAUGCGCUACGGGUUCUGUUUAUUUCAUAUCUGAGGUACUAAGACCAUAAUCCCUUUCUAUGAAGCAAUGUUAUUGUUUGAAGGACUAAAAGUAUUUUUAUUCAGUACUGUAAAUGAAAUUCUAGUGUGAAUAGGUACUUUUUGGCUAUUGUACUAUGCUUACCGGCCAGAAACUACUAAAGGUGGACCCACCACCAAUGGAUCCUAAAGAUUCUAAAUCGAGUGAUAUUUAUGAAACAGCUUUGAAUGUGGGAAAUGAUAACGAUAGUGAUUCCGAAAAUGUUGAUGGGUCAGGAGAUGUUUCUGAAAGAAGAUUAUCGCUUAGGAGAAAUAGCAUCUCUCUUCCGAAUUUAGAUGAUUUACAGACCCUUAAACAACACGUACAAAUCGCAGAGGAUGCAGAGGACGAUACGGACAGUGACUAUGAAAUGCCAACUAGUAGGACGCCUCUGCGUAAUGCUAGAAGGAAAUCUGUCACAAGCCCACCGAGAAUGCUUAAACCACCAGGUGAAGAUGAAUCCGGAAGUAAUUCGCCAGCUAAUUCAAUCACUUCAAUUAACUCGUUGGCGAGUUUGCUCAGGGAGAAAAUGCAGAUGCUCCCAGCAACACUUCGUAAGAAGAAAACUACCGAUUAUAAAACCCGUAUUUUCGUAGCUUUGCUCUUUAUAACAAUCGUCGUUUUAAUUUUCUGUGCAUACUUUUUGUACCACCAAAAAGUUCUCCAAAAAGCCUAUUUCCAAAAAAUCAAAUUCAAUAAAAUAAAACGUAUUAUGAAAAUAUAUAACAACGAAGGUGCUGAAAUUAUAAGAGCCAGAUUAGGAACUACUAUUAAUUAUGAUAAAGCAUUACCCUGCUUACCUAUCGACGAGAAACAUGACGGUAGCAUCUGUUCGGAAUGGAUGGGUCAUGCACGUCUUUAUAUGCAACACCACCAAUUUAAUUCAGAAGUGAAGUGUUACAAUUUCCAGUGGAUUUCUUUGAAGGAUUCUAUGGCACCAACCGAUUGUUUCGAAUUGUCGCAACCCAACGACCAUUGGUACGGUGGUGGACAAACGGCAGAAUCAGCUUGGCCUUUAGAAAACGGUAACCACGAUUUUGCACCUUUUAUCACAGGUCGUGUGGACAAACAUGAAUACGGUAACGUACUGAAACGGUAUUUUCUGAGUUCUAAAGGCGUGGCUAUUAUUGUGGACGAUCAGACGCCUCUAUACGUUUCAGUAGCAGGUGUUAACACUAAAGAGUUGUGUUUAAAGGCCCAAUACGACGACUUUGCUUAUGUAAAUCGAUUAAUGAAGACGGCGCAGUUGAAUUAUAGUAUUUGUACGAGUUCGGAUAUGAUGAAACUGCAUUCUAAUUUAGUCGAGAAUGCAUUAUGGGAUGGACUAAAACGGGAAGACAUGAAUGUGGUCAAUUCGUUGUUAACCGAACCACUGUGGGAAAUAACAUCGUCUUCUAAGAGCGAACUAACCGAGGAAACUAUUUCAAAUUACACAGACAAUGUUGUUAAUGUUUUAAGUUUUUUGAAAUUGGGCCACGUUUUGAUAAAUGAGUUUUGGCAGAAAAACGUUGGAGACUUUGAAGUUGAUUCUGAACGUUUCCCGGGACUAGAAGAAGUGAUAGAAAUAAUGCACAGACGCGGUUUUAGAAUAGUUUUUUCAAUUCAACCUUUUAUCUCUACAGAAAGUUUCAACUUUUACGAAGCCGUGAAAAAAAGGUUACUCGUUUCGGAAAGAUUUAGUGACAGAAGAAUUCCGGCACUAACAAGAUACAAAUCUUCGCAGAGUGCGGGAGUCUUAGAUGUUACCAAUGAUAGAACAAUCCCUUGGCUUGUAAACAAGCUGAAGUCAGUAUUAGCGAAAUAUAAAUUUGACGCAUAUUAUUUAGAUUUAGGUACCGCGUAUAACAUGCCCCACUACUAUCAAUGUGAAAAACCUUUGAUCAACCCAGAUCAGUACAAGACGUUUUUUAUAAAUAGUCUACAAAGUGGAGUUAGUUUGUUUGGUGUCAAUAGCGCCGUUGAGCGACCAAAACCACCAACUUUUGUUUCUUUGCCUCAGUUUGAAUCAUCGUGGGAAGGUUUGCGUAGGGUAAUUCCCACUAUACUUACCUAUGGAUUGCUGGGUUACCCUUUCCUAAUCCCUGGUGCUGUUGGUGGCGAUGUAGAAGCUCCAGAAACUCUCUUUUACGCUAACUAUAGUUCUGAACUGCUUCCUGAUAAAGAACUAUACAUUCGAUGGUUACAGUUGGCUACCUUUUUGCCAGUUAUUAGAUAUACUCAUCUGCCUAGCACGUUUGGCGAUGACAGUGUUUUAGAUAUGGCGAAAACCCUGACAUCAUUGAGAGAAAGUAAAGUUACACCGCUUUUAAAAAAAUAUGCUAAAACUUCUCUUGAUACUGGCCUUCCACUUAUACGACCUUUAUGGAUGUUAGAUUACAAUGACACAGCGUGCCAUGUAGUUGCUGAUGAAUUUUCGAUAGGUGAUGAUUUAAUUGUAGCACCUGUUUUGUAUUCAGGUGCUAGAGAAAGAGAAAUUUAUCUUCCCGCUGGUGUGUGGAAGGACGGGAUUGCUGGUAGCUUGCGAAAAGGAAGCCGAUGGAUCCAUGAUUAUAAAGUGGAACAAGAACAAGUUGCAUACUUUGAAAGGAUGCCGGAUAACACCAGAUUUUGAUAUGUACGGCUUAAUUAACCGCACAUAAAAAACGUACUAUUUUCGUUUUAGGGAACUCAGUGACGCUUAUUCUUUAAAUAUUGUAUACUUGAAUAAAUAUUUGUACGAUUUUA